UUCUGAGAAACCUGCAGCCGAUUCUGAAGCUUUCCACAUAUUUAUGAGGAGGAAAAAUAACAAGCAUAAUGCCGUUCGUCAUGCAUGAUGACGACACCAGUAACACGCGCUUACAUACGAUCGCACACCGAUCUGGAUUAGACGGUGGUUCAUCCCGAAGUGGAGAGGGUUUUCCCGCCGGUCUUACCUGGAUGUAGAGAGGCUUUCUGAUGACCCCCCAAGGAAACAGACCCCUUGCCAUGGUGCAGGUGGCCUGCAGAGUCUUGACCUGAAGAGCUCUUGCUGAGUCCCAGUGUGGAGUUUUGGGUUCUGCUGCUCAGCUCUUCGGCCUCUAACAUGAGUGGGUUUCACAGCGAGCUGACACAGAAGGAGCAGGAGCUGCUGAGAUUUCGGCGGGACAGCGACACCAAAGCUGCAGAGCUUGCUAAGAUGGAGAAAAUGCUGCAGCAAACAAAGAGCCUGAUGGAGAAGAAGACAGAACCUGGUCCAGAGACCAAAGGCUACCAGGAGAACUUGGUGGAGGACCUGGAGGAGAAGGUUCGCUCCAGCAGGAGAUACAGAAGGAACUCACUCCAUCACACUCAGAUGCUGGAAACCCAGAUGAAAACAGUGAAAGGGGAGCUGGUUGGAACACUGGACCACCUCCAGGAGCUGAGGAACGUCCUGCGACGUUCACAGCAGAAAGCCGAGGAGCGGAAGGCUGCCAUGGAGAAGCUGGCAGCAGGGCUCAGGUAAAUUCAGAGCCAGCAUCUGAUCUUUACAGGUUCAAACUACCUGACAGCUUACGUUAUACCAACAAGGCUAUAAAACCUGAUUCAGCUGGACCCCACCUCUACACUGAUGAUGAUAUGGAAGAAGAAACUUGAGCUGCUUUUAUUGUUGUUUCAAUGCCCUGAAAAGAUGGAAAUUCUCCUUAUUUGGGUUUGUUUUUUUUUGAGUCGUGGUCUCUGAAAACACAACAGCGUUUGACCUGAAAUGUUCUAAAUUAUGUACUAGAACACUAAUUCUCUGUGCGAUUAAACAAAAAACACGUUGAUAAUGUUUCUGUGCAUCUUCCUGGAAUGUGACCUUCAAGAACAUUCUGCAGGCAAACCUGCGGCGGACGAUCAGAGUUGAUGAAGACUGUUGAGCAUGUGGUCCAAUGUCCUUGUGGCUGAGACGUGAUCAGAGCUCAUUUAGUACAGCUUGUUAUAUCCUGCGUCACAUGAUCUGAAACAAUGAGGGGAUUUUAUCUGGUGAGCCUGGCCCAGCCAAUAAACCAUUAUUAUACCACCACCAGUACAGAAUGUACUAGGUCAUGAUUCAGGUCGAUGUCUGUGUAGUGUUGUCCUGGGAAGCUAAAUAAUUUAAACGAUCUGGGGGAAGAUUGAAAUAAAUAUAUCAGCAUUAUGAAGGAGAAGAAAUAUUUCUAUUUAUUAUUAUUAUUUUUUUUUAUUACAUACUACUAAUAAUAAUUAUUAUUGUUAAAAACAAACAGAAGAAGCUGUCCAGUCUGCCCACAGGGGGACAGUAGAGACUUCCUAAAAAUAUCUAUUAGAGAAAAGCAGAAGUUUGUUCUUGUGCUUCUUUGAAAGUGGUUGUGUCAAGUUGGUACAAAAAACUAACAUCAAAAGUUUCAAAAAUAAUUUGAAAUACUUCCUGAACUAUUUCUGAUGACAGCAAACUGUUGUUAGUAUAUUUUCUGAAAGCUGAAGCUUCACAUUUCUACCCAUCUUUGUGUAGGAUCAACGUCAUGAUUGAGUCUACAAAAGUGAAAUAGGUGAAGUGAAAGUUCAGAUCAGUAGAUGAAUGGGUCUCAUUCUUGUGAGCUUCUUUAUGACUCCUGCAGUCUGCUUCCUGACUCUUUUUAGACCCAAUUAAAAGUUUGAUUACACACAGACGUGGGUAAAGUUAUGAAAGAUUAAUUUUCUAUAAAUAUUUAAAACAGCUGGAGGUUGAGGAAUAAAAAAAUACACCAAAAGUAUUUGGAACUGGCUGACUUACCCAGCAGACAUGCAGAAAUAUCUCUACGGUCACAUGCUUUCUUAUUAGUUACAGAGACAGUAACAGUGGUUAUCAUUUAUCUUAGACGUGUAGAACAACACAACAUUUUAGCAAUAAUUCUGGUUAUUAAGUUAAAUAAAACCAAAAUGUGCAAGUUGUCAUGAUAUGUGAUUUUUAGUUUGUAUCUGGUGGAGUGUGGU